AUGGGUAAUCAGUAUGUUUAUAGAGAAGAUCUUGGAGGGUUGUGUUCUACAUGUAGCACAUAUGGGUAUGAAACAUUUGAAGAUAUUAUGAAUCUAAUUAAAGAAAAAAUAAAUAAUAAUACCUUUUCCCAGCACUGUCAAUUAUUACAAAGAUUCUUGAAAAAGGAAUAUGAGCAACAUUUAGUGGUAACUGAUCGUGGAAUGACUUCUCAUGACAUAUGCAUAAACCAUUGUCUACCAUAUGCAUUUGGUGAAUGUAAUGCUUCACAUACUUAUGCCUGUGAGAAAU